CCGUCCUCCCCCCCAUCCAACGUGGCUGCCUGCCAAGGCCAGAUCCACGCAUUCGACUCCCAGGACCUCAUCGACGUCUACAUCCCAGACGGCCCUGAGACAGUCCUCUAUCGUUGCGAGCAGCAACCGUGCCCAAAUCGGACACCCCGAUCGAUCGAGGAGGAUUACCCUCGCUACAAAGCGAUCCGACGAGCGCAACACCCGCUCGGACCCCGAAGCACCCUCGCAUCUCGAUCUGCCUCGCGGCACUCUCGCCCUGUCUCCCCUACCUCCCGCCUUCCCCAAACUGUCGCCGAGUCCAGUCAAACUCGAGGAGAUCUCCCUCCAGACCCUGCGCCAGAGCCUGAGCCUGAGGAGGGUACAGGUGAAGAAGGAAUCUCGGAGCCCGAGUCCGAGGAUUCUACUGGGUCCGCCUCGCCGACAGCGCUCGCCCCCGCGUCAGCAGUCCCUGAC